UUCAAGUGAAAAUGUUAACUGGAAAAGUUCUUGGCACACAGUAAAACAUCAUGCAAUCUGUUACUUGUCUUAAAGAUAAUAACUUGAGGGUGGCUAUAGUCUCUUACAGUAUCUAACUGAUGACUUGUUAGGGGAGUUUCUUCCAUUUAGAAGUAUUGCAAAUGCGCUUAUAUUUACAUAGUAUGUUAUUCUGAAAAAUUACGGUGAUAUAAUUUCAGUAAAAAAUUAUUUUUCUAUAACUACUUCAAAGUAUAGUCAACUAAAUUAACCAUGAUGUUUUUUUUUAAAGCAACUAAAAAGAACAUGCCUCUUCCCCCCGACAGCAAAAAAUAAAACACAAAUGACCCUUCUGAUACUUCUUUGAAGUUUCAGCAGUUUAACAUUCUUUGCCAUGUAUAUUAUUAAGGGCUCUGUUCAGCAUAAGGAGUCAGUGAGUCAUAUGGAAUCUAAAGGUCUUUUUUUGGGGUAGAAGGAGGAACUGUAAUUGAAAGGAUAGUAAUUUAAUUAAAUCAUACUUUUUCUCUGUCACUAUAGAUGCUGGUUUAGUAGUUUUUAAACUAUGGUCCAUUGCUUUUCCUCAUGAUAACAAUAAGUCAACAGAAUCCAAUUUUUAUUCUGAAGAAAUAAGUUCAAAAUUUCAAUAUUAAUAUAUCUAUAAGUAUUCCUUUGUAAGUGUUUUGUCUUAGUUCUCUUGCUAUUUAAUCACCUUGACAUUAAUUUAUGAACAUAAACUACUUUCUCUUCAUUUUAAUGGGAGGAUAAUCUUAAUGAAUUGCAUUAUUUCAUCCUCAUUUCAUCAUGAAUCCUACCUUUCAUAUGGAUAUUUAUCUUUUCUGUGUAACCGUAUUUAUUUCAUAUUGAUGCAUUAUUGUCAGAUUUUAUUUACAUUAAGGAUAAAAUUUUAAAAUACAAAUGAUAUGGCAUUUCAGUAUUUGUCCAAGGAAAGAUUGUAUUGCAAUAUUUUAAAGACAUUGUGUAUAAUGGAAACAACAAACAAUCUUAGGAAAUUCUGGAGUAAACAGCAAGAGAUAUAUCAAAUCAUCACAUUUUUAUAUGUAGGGAUAGCUGGUACUCUAUAAACUAGAAUGUCCUUUCCUGUUAGACAAGUUAAAACAGCAUUAUUUUUUUACUCAAAUUCUCCUAUUUUAAGUGAUAACUGAUUUCUUAAAUUUCUCUUUUGUUCUUUCUUUCCUUUCCUUUUUAGUUUUCCUUUGUGGACUACCAGUAAAAUUGUUGCACAGCCUUCCUUAUUUUAGUACAAGUUCCCAAGGUCUGUCACGUCUGACAGAGGAAUAGAGGCCUCCUAAAACGUUGACAUCCACAAAUAAGACAUUAAAACAGUAAAUCAGUCAGCCAGUGUUUCAUUUUUAAGUGAUGGCUCCCUAGCUUAGUUAAUUUCGGGGCCUAAUGGUAAUGGCACUAAGGUGAAGGCCGUCUUUCCCCCCUCAGCCUGGGAGGCCAGGCAGGUUUGCACCGCCUUGUGGCCAUCACUCUCUCUUGAAACCUCAACCCUUUAUCCUUUGGUUCUAUUGUUCAUUUGUUUGCAUGAUAUCUUGUUCCAAAAGGGAGAUUCUGUGGAUAUUUGAUGACUAACGUUAUUACUGUAUGAGAAGAGCAGUGUACUUUCUUAAGUACGGUUAUGCUAUUUUUGACAUUAUUCAGUGAAGUGAAUUUUUACCUUGUAAAAUGAUUGCUUAUAUUCUAACUGGUGUGUUCUCUUGGUUCAGUGAUUCAUAUGAUAAAAAUUUUGCUUGACUAGCUUUUCAGUAUAUAAAAGGUAUAUUUGUAAAGGUAUACCCACAUACCCAAAGCCAGUGUGGCUCCUCAGUGCUUGUGACAAAUUAUAGGUGAAAAUGAUUAAAACAUGUUAUUGAUUUGGAUUUUGUCAGGACAGUUGGAUAAUCAUGGUAUAACUAACUCUGUUAAAUCUGUCCUUGAAGCAGAGUCAGCUAGUAAAGAAGGCCUGUUUUAUUAGUCACAGGUGGAGUUUUCCAAGAAACAUUAGGAGUGACGACUCAUCCUAUACUUGUAGUUUUUCAGCUGGAGGAUUAGGGAACAUAGGCCAUGAACCUCUGUUCUCCACUAGCCUUUGUUACUGCAUUCUUUUAUUGACACGACAUAAAUUGUUUCUUGUAUCCUUAUACCCUUAGAGUUCUGAUCUAUUAGACUCCAGUCGAGGAAUUUGUCACAGUCUUCUUAUUUUGACCCUGCCCACUGAUGCCACUAACUCGAAAGAUAUGGUCCGGAAAAAGAACCCCCCUCUGAGAAACGUUGCUAGUGAAGGCGAGGGCCAGACCCUGGAGCCUGUUGGUGCAGAAAGCAAGCUCUCUGGGAAGACCAACGAGUUGCCUGCAGAUCAGAUGUCAGAAAAUACGGAUCAGACUGAUGCUGCAGAACUAAACCACGAGGAGGAACGUAUCUUGCAUGUCCAAGAUCCAGCUUUUAGCAGGAAGAAGGACUUAAAAAGCUCUGUCCUGAGUGAGAAGGCUGGCUUCAAUUAUGAAAGCCCCAGUAAGGGAGGAAACCUUUCCUCCUACCCACAUGAUGAGGUGACAGAUAGAAAUAUGUUGGCUUUCUCAUCUCCAGCUGCUGGGGGAGUCUGUGAGCCCUUGAAGUCUCCUCAAAGAGCAGAGGCAGAUGACCCUCAAGAUAUGGCCUGCACCCCAUCAGGGGACUCACUGGAGACAAAGGAAGAUGAUAAGAUGUCACCAAAGGCUCCCGAGGAAACAGGGCAGAGUGGUCAAGGCUCAAGCCCGGUUUCAGUGGCCUCAAAAAACCCACAAGUGCCUUCAGAUGGGGGUGUAAGACUGAAUACAUCCAAAACUGACUUACUGGUGAAUGACAACCCAGAGCCGGCACCUCUGUCUCCAGAGCUUCAGGACUUUAAAUGCAAUAUCUGUGGCUAUGGUUACUAUGGCAACGACCCCACAGAUCUGAUUAAGCACUUCCGAAAGUAUCACUUAGGACUGCAUAACCGCACCAGGCAGGAUGCUGAGCUGGACAGCAAAAUCUUGGCCCUUCACAACAUGGUGCAGUUCAGCCAUUCCAAAGACUUCCAGAAGGUCAACCGUUCUGUGCUUUCUGGCGUGCUGCAGGACAUCAAUUCUUCAAGGCCCGUUUUACUAAAUGGAACUUAUGAUGUACAGGUCACUUCAGGUGGAACAUUCAUUGGCAUUGGACGGAAAACACCAGAUUGCCAAGGAAACACCAAGUACUUCCGCUGUAAAUUCUGCAAUUUCACCUAUAUGGGCAACUCAUCAACUGAACUAGAACAGCAUUUUCUUCAGACUCACCCGAACAAAAUAAAAGCUUCUCUCCCCUCCUCUGAGAGUUCAAAACCUUCAGAGAAAAACUCUAACAAAUCCAUCCCUGCACUUCGACCCAGUGAUUCUGGAGACUUGGGAAAGUGGCAGGACAAGAUUACGGUCAAGGCAGGAGAUGACACUCCUGUUGGCUACUCAGUGCCCAUCAAGCCCCUUGAUUCCUCAAGACAAAAUGGUACCGAGGCCACCAGUUACUACUGGUGUAAAUUUUGUAGUUUCAGCUGUGAGUCAUCUAGCUCCCUUAAACUGCUAGAACAUUAUGGCAAGCAGCAUGGAGGAGCGCAGUCAAGCGGCCUUAAUCCAGAAUUGAAUGAUAAGCUUUGCAGGGGCUCUGUCAUUAAUCAGAAUGAUCUAGCCAAGAGUACAGAAGGGGAACCGAUGGCCAAGGCAGACAAGGGCUCCAGUGGGGCUAAAAAGAAGGACUUCUCCAGCAAGGGAGCUGAGGAUAAUAUGGUAACAAGCUACAAUUGUCAGUUCUGCGACUUUAGAUACUCCAAAAGCCAUGGCCCUGAUGUAAUUGUAGUGGGGCCGCUUCUCCGUCAUUAUCAGCAACUCCAUAACAUUCAUAAGUGCACCAUCAAACACUGUCCAUUCUGUCCCAGAGGCCUUUGCAGCCCAGAAAAGCACCUUGGAGAAAUUACUUAUCCAUUUGCUUGUAGAAAAAGUAAUUGUUCCCACUGUGCGCUCUUGCUUUUGCACCUGUCUCCUGGGGCAGCCGGGAACUCGAGAGUCAAACAUCAGUGCCACCAGUGCUCGUUCUCCACUCCUGACGUAGAUGUGCUCCUCUUUCACUAUGAGACCGUGCAUGAGCCUCAAGCAUCGGAUGUCAAACAAGAAGCCAAUCACCUGCCAGGAUUGGAUGGGCAGCAAGCUGUCAAGGAAAGCAAGGAACACUCAUGUACCAAGUGUGAUUUCAUUACCCAGGUGGAAGAGGAGAUUUCCCGACACUACAGGAGAGCACACAGCUGCUACAAAUGCCGCCAGUGCAGUUUUACAGCUGCCGAUACUCAGUCACUACUGGAGCACUUCAACACUGUUCACUGCCAGGAACAGGACGUCACUACAGCCAACGGCGAUGAGGACGGUUAUGCCGUGUCCACCAUCAAGGAGGAGCCCAAAAUUGACCUUAAGGUCUACAGUCUGCUCAAUCCAGACUCUAAAAUGGGAGAGCCAGUUUCCGAGAGUGUGGUGAAGAGGGAGAAGCUGGAAGAUAAGGACGGGCUAAAAGAGAAAGUUUGGACCGAGAGUUCAAGUGACGACCUUCGAAACAUGACUUGGAGAGGGGCAGACAUCCUGCGGGGCAGUCCUUCAUAUACUCAGGCGAGCCUGGGGCUUCUGACGCCUGUGCCCGGCACCCAGGAGCCGGCGAAGGCUCUAAGGGAUAGCCCCAAUGUAGAAGCUGCCCAUCUGGCGCGACCUAUUUAUGGCUUGGCUGUGGAGACCAAGGGAUUCCUGCAGGGGGUGCCAGCCGGCGGAGAGAAGUCCGGGGCCCUCGCCCAGCAGUAUCCUGCACCCGGAGAAAACAAGUCCAAGGAUGAAUCCCAGUCCCUGUUACGGAGGCGUAGAGGCUCGGGUGUUUUUUGUGCCAAUUGCUUGACCACAAAGACCUCUCUCUGGCGAAAGAAUGCAAAUGGCGGAUAUGUAUGCAAUGCGUGUGGCCUCUACCAGAAGCUUCACUCGACUCCCAGGCCUUUGAACAUCAUUAAACAAAACAACGGUGAGCAGAUUAUUAGGAGAAGAACAAGAAAGCGCCUUAACCCAGAGGCACUUCAGGCUGAGCAGCUCAGCAAACAACAGAGGGGUGGCAGUGAGGAGCAGGUCAACGGAAGCCCCUUAGAGAGGAGGUCGGAAGAUCAUUUAACCGAAAGUCACCAGAGAGAAAUUCCACUCCCCAGCCUGAGUAAAUAUGAAGCCCAGGGUUCAUUGACUAAAAGCCAUCCUGCUCAGCAGCCAGUUCUGGUCAGCCAAACUCUGGAUAUUCACAAAAGGAUGCAACCUUUGCACAUUCAGAUAAAAAGUCCUCAGGAAAGUACUGGAGACCCAGGAAAUAGUUCCUCUGUAUCUGAAGGGAAAGGAAGUUCCGAGAGAGGCAGUCCCAUAGAAAAGUACAUGAGACCCGCGAAACACCCAAAUUAUUCACCACCAGGCAGCCCCAUUGAAAAGUACCAGUACCCCCUUUUUGGACUUCCCUUUGUACAUAAUGACUUCCAGAGUGAAGCUGAUUGGCUGCGGUUCUGGAGUAAAUAUAAGCUCUCCGUUCCUGGGAAUCCGCACUACUUGAGUCAUGUGCCUGGCCUACCAAAUCCUUGCCAAAACUAUGUGCCUUAUCCCACCUUCAGUCUGCCUCCUCGUUUCUCAGCUGUUGGAUCAGACAAUGACAUUCCUCUAGAUUUGGCGAUCAAGCAUUCCAGACCUGGGCCAACCGCAAAUGGUGCCUCCAAGGAGAAAACGAAGGCACCCUCAAAUGUAAAAAAUGAAGGUCCCUUGAAUGUAGUAAAAACAGAGAAAGUUGAUAGAAGUACUCAAGAUGAACUUUCCACAAAAUGUGUGCACUGUGGCAUUGUCUUUCUGGAUGAAGUGAUGUAUGCUUUGCAUAUGAGUUGCCAUGGUGACAGUGGGCCUUUCCAGUGCAGCAUAUGCCAGCAUCUUUGCACGGACAAAUAUGACUUCACAACUCAUAUCCAGAGGGGCCUGCAUAGGAACAAUGCACAAGCGGAAAAAAAUGGAAAACCUAAAGAGUAAAACCUUAGCACUUAGCACAAUUAAAUAGAAAUAGGUUUUCUUGAUGGGAAUUCAAUAGCUUGUAAUGUCUUAUGAAGACCUAUUAAAAAUAUUACUUCAUAGAGCCUGCCUUAUCCAACAUGAAACUCCCUUCUUUUAUUCUUUCUUUUAAUGAGUAGGUUACCAAGAUUAAAAAGUGAGACAAAUGGUCAGUGAGAAAAAAAUGGAAGAUGGUAAAUAGUCAUGUUUUACAACCUAUUAAGUCAAAACCAUCUUCGCAAACGUGUAUGGUGGAAACCAUCCGUAAGAAGUAUCACCAGACUACAAUUACUAUGUAAAGAAAGAGAUCAAAGCUGUCUAGAAUUGGAUAGGGUUUACAUGUCAUGAUGCUAAAGCAGUAUUGGGCUGCCCAUUGGCCAUUUGUUCAAAGACCUAUAAACUGUUGCUUAAAUUUAGAAGACUCGUGAAAUGCUAGGCAGACGAGAAAUCUGAUCUCCAGGGCAGUGAAAGGAAAAUGGCGCCCUCUUACAUCCUUCUCUUCUCAUUGACCAUGUUUCAGAUUUAGACCUAGAAAUGUGAGCUGUGGUUAGACUUGGUGAGAGAGCAGCAAGAAAAGUGACAGAUGGUGACACAGUGAUUUUGGCCAGCCCUGCCUGUACAUACACAUGCACGCCCUCUCUGGUAUUUUUGUCCUUUAGAUGUUCGAAUAGUCUUUUCAAAAGUAGUCCUUUUGUUUGCAACUUAGGUUCAUUUUGUCCAAAUAUAUAUGCAUUUUUAAAAACAGUGUCCUCAAUGCUUACAUAGUAAUUUUAUUUUAGCCAGAUCCUUCUUUCUUGUAUGUAAUGGACCAGUUUGGAUUUGUUUUUCACGCCUCCUCUUGGUCACUAAUCUCACUUGGCACAUUAGAUCGAAAGGGAUCCCCUCAGUUCAAAAGACUAGAUGGAUACAAAUGUUCAGAUCAUGGGCUUAAUUUGCUUAUAGAACACACGGUAUUUCUCCACAAGGUAACCUGCUGUAUUUAUUUAUUUUCUUUCGGUUAAAUAUAAUUUCCAAACUUUGUGGUCAGGCAGCGUCUAAGGUUACGUUACCACAGACUGACAGUUGGUAUAUUGUAUGUACCAGUCAAUCCCUUCAUUAGAUUUAUACAGGUUUAGUUAAGUAGCAUUAAAUAGGAUUCUUAGAAGUAUGUCUUCAUAGUACUUUUAAUACUUACAGCUUUGUAAAACUAUCCAUGAAGGGAAAGCUCCUCAGCAUAACUGCUCAGGGAAAUAGGGCUAAAUAACUGAACAUUAAAUAAUUGGUUAAAGGUGCUGUUAGUCGAGCCUCAAUGCUUGCUACAAGGAUGUAUGUACAAGGACUGACUUUAAUAAUUUGCAUUAUAUUGUCCCAACCAGUAGUUUAUUUUUUGCCACGGAGAUGUAGAAGAUAUUACAAGCUACUGGAUGCACUGUCAGAUUAACUUAUUUCAUUAAAGAAGUUGGGAGAACAAAUAGGAAAAAAAAAACUUAUUUUUCUAGUAAAUAUUAAUGUAUUACAUUUCAAAUAAUGGUGCCUGACAUAUUGAAUAAUUAUUUUCUACAGUGUACGUAUGCAACAAAGAUAUUCCAUCAUGCAUUAGAGUCAGUUCUGGCUCUGCCUAGCUGUUUACAUUUGCAAAUGUAGCAAACAAGGUAAUGAAGCAACUAUUUCUAUUGCAGUAGAUAUCUUUUUGUGUGUGUGUGCGCGUGCGUGUGUGUGUGUGUGUGCGUGUGCGUGUGCAUUGAAGUUGGAAACGUGAAACAAAUGAAAGUUCUUGAUAUAAUGGUAUGGAAAACAAGAAGGAAAUGAAAAUAUUUUUAUGCCUACUUAGGAAAAAAAGGGUAGCACUAUUCAUUCCAAGUACUUUUUUUUUUAAUUUUUAAGCUCUUAACUCACAUUGUUAUGCUUAAAAUGAUAAACAUAUAUCCUCUUUUUAUUGCUUUGUCUGUGUUUCAGAUGAAACAUUUCAGAAAUUAUUUUGAUAAGUGCUGCUGGGACUGCAGCACUGAUGUUUUUAUUGCAUUCUGUAGUCGCAUUUGCACUCCAUUUUUACAUUAACUUGCAGUUGGUUUGUAUCGUUUUGUUCUGUUUGGGUUUUGUUUCUUUUCCACAGUGCCAGGUCUUCGUUUCUUAAAGUUGGAUGGCAGGUAGAGUUCAACCAGUUCAUGACGAUUGUAGUGAAUGAAGUUUAAAAAUGUUCUUCUGAUGUUGUGUUGUCAUUUCCAUUCUUGCAUUUUCGUUUUCAUGUAAAAAAAAUUAAUUAAUUUUCAUGUUAUAAAACAGAGAGAGACAGACAUAGAGUGAAAUCAGGACUAAGCCUUCAGCUUCAGUUUCGUUUCUAAAGGGCCCUAUUCUGAUCUCACCUGUCCGGUAGCUCAAAUAUUUUCAUAAACUGAAAUAAAGAAGUGGAAUGAGGAGCUUUGACCUUCAAACUAUGUGAUGUGAUUUAUCUUUCUUAGGAAUUUUGAUGAAUGCAUCUCAAAAUGUACAGGCAGACUUGAGAGGUGGCAAUUAAGAAUCUAUAAAAGAAAGGAGACUUCCCAAACAACUAAACAGUAUUUAACUUUCUUAGUAAAAAGACUAGUAACAGUGCACUAUGGCAAUCCUCAAGCAACAUUAAAUGUGGACUGCUCAAAUCAGCAAAAUACCAGAAGUUUGAUUAACUUGGGCAACAUUACAGGUAUGACUUUUUGGGCAAAACUACUCCAUAAGCAAUUUCUCCAUUGUGUCAAACACAAAUAGGUUGUUCACUUUUGGCAUGUAUGCCUUUAUUUUCUUUUAUCUGAUUUUUUUUCACAGACAUAGUAGUAAUGAUUAGCAUUGGAAAAUACAUAUCACUAUUCUUGGAAUAUUUAUGAUCAGUCUACUUUCAGUAGAAUAUUCUUGGUUAGCAUUGACAUGAUAGAUCUUAUUCCGUAUUCCUUUAUUAUUAUUUUAUUUUCAUUUUUGUUUUCAUUAUUAUACAUAUUUUGAUGGAGGAGAGGUUGGGCUUUUUUAAAAAGAUGAAAAUUUGUUAUAACACUAAAAAACCCCUUAUUUUAUGACUUAUGAAAGCUUUUGUUCUAGGUCUCAAAAUAUAAAAAUGGUUGGUUGUUAUUUUUAUUAUUUGGUUUUAAGAUUUCUGAGACAUUUUGUCUUAAACUGUGAUUUUUAAAUGAGCUAUUUAGGUACUUAACCUUUUAUGAGGUCUUUAAAGAUGAUUUAGGUUUUUCCCUUCUUGGAAAAGUCUUCCCUUAUGUUGAAAACUGUAUGCCAGCUAUCAAUGUAUGCCAUUUAAAAGCUGUCUUUUUAAAUGUCUUCUAAAAUUACUUGUCUAUAUCAUGAAUUGAGCUUUAGAUCAAACACCAGGCAAGGACCAGCUUACACAUUCGCAUUCUCCCCUUUCUCACCCUCUCUCUAUUCAUCUCUCACCGCAUUCAUACUGUUGUUUGGGAUAGACACCUCAUAAAGAGCCAACCCACCUUGGAAGGUUGUGGAUUGAGAGACACUAAGUAUAUGAGAAGAGGACGGAACUCUCAAUGUUAACACAUUAACUUCGUAGUUCAAGAAGAAUAGAGUGUGCCCAUUCUUUCUACAUGACAUAUUGAGAUGUUCUUUAAAAAAAAAUCAGCUUUUAAGGUAGUGAUGUUUUGUUCUAAACUGUUUUCUUUUAAUAAAGGUAGAUUUUAGAAAACAAGCAUGGGGGAUUCUUUUCUAAGGUAAUUACUAAUGAGAAGAAGAAAGCGAUUAUGUUUAACAGCUCUUUGUUGAAGCCUGUGGUAGCACAUUGAUUGCACAUGUGCACAUAAUCUAUUAUGAUCCAGUGCAAAUACAGCUCCAAAAAUAUUAAAUGUAUAUAUAUUUUUAAA